ACGCGCCCAAGCAGAGAAAGUGCAGCGGUAGCGCAAGCCCGACACCCAUACUAUGCAUUGAUGGAUCUCCAGUGUGGAAAGAGGACAUUUGUCUAGUUGGAUCCGUUAGGUUUAUCAAGGACAUGUCAUUUGCUUUUUUCCAUAAGCUUCUGUCAUAAUAUGACAUCACAACAAUGAUGUGAAGCCCGGGACUGUAUAAAAGUUGGAGGACUGAGGCGCCGAUAAAUGCUGGAAUUCGUAUUAAUUCGACUACUAUCCGGAUUGUGAUGUAUAUGUCUUUAACACUUAAUUACAAGCUAUAUCAUCUAAUGGUGAAGAAGUGAUUAUUAUAUAGCAUCUGUUCGAUAUUAAUACCUAUGCCAAGCUUGCGUAAAAGCUAUUUGGGUUAAGCAAAUUAUUAAUGAUGUCUGCAAUACGCAGAAAAUUUGGCGAGGACUACCAAGUAGUUAAUACCAAACGGGACAUGGCUUUUUCUGCACCCGUAAAGAGAAAGCGCCAGCGUUUUGUGGAGAAGAACGGUCGCUGCAACGUUCAGCAUGGUAACCUUGGCGGGGAGACAAGCCGAUACCUCUCCGACCUUUUCACUACGCUAGUCGAUCUGAAGUGGCGGUGGAACCUGCUCAUAUUUAUAUUAACCUACACGGUAGCUUGGCUGGUUAUGGCAUCUAUGUGGUGGAUAAUAGCUUACAUCCGUGGUGAUAUCAAUCCACAUGGCCAUGAGUCGACCUAUACCCCGUGCGUCGCGAACGUGUAUAACUUUCCGUCUGCUUUCUUGUUCUUCAUUGAAACUGAGGCUACUAUCGGUUAUGGUCACCGCUACAUCACAGAAAAGUGUCCGGAAGGCAUUAUUCUUUUUCUCUUCCAGUCUCUCUUGGGUUCUAUAGUGGAUGCAUUUCUUAUCGGCUGCAUGUUUAUCAAGAUGUCCCAGCCGAAGAAGCGUGCGGAGACGCUCAUGUUUAGCCAGGACGCCGUUAUCUCGCAACGGGAUGGAAAGUUGUGUCUUAUGUUCCGAGUGGGGAACCUGCGGAACAGCCAUAUGGUGUCAGCCCAGAUCAGGUGCAAACUAAUUAAGUCUCGCCAAACUCCAGAGGGAGAGUUCCUACCCCUGGACCAGUGUGAGCUGGAUGUAGGAUUUGGUACAGGGGCCGACCAGCUCUUUCUGGUGUCUCCUCUGACCAUCUGCCACGAGAUCAAUCCCAAGAGCCCCUUCUUUGACCUGUCCCAGCGUUCGCUCAUGAAUGAGGAGUUUGAGAUCGUGGUCAUCCUGGAGGGAAUUGUGGAAACUACUGGCAUGACGUGUCAGGCGCGGACCUCCUACACGGAGGAUGAAGUAUUGUGGGGACACCGCUUCCUGCCCGUCAUGUCCCUGGAGGACGGCUUCUUCCGGGUUGACUACUCCCAGUUCCACAACACCUUCGAAGUCAACACUCCCCCUUACAGCAUCAAGGAGCAUGAGGAGAAGAUCUCACAGACCUCCCCAAACCCUCCGCUGGUUGUCCCCAACUCUGCCUCCCCUUCCCUUGGGAAUGGGGGCCGGGGCCGCAAGGACAGGAUGUUGUCAGUGGACUUUGUAGACUGUGGAGAGGAUCACGGGAUGGGGAGGCGGCCCAGCAAGUUACAGCGUAUGAGCUCUUGUUUGGAGGAGCUUCCAAGGGGGGUAAAGACAGGAGGAAACCUGCCUGGGGAGAAGACCUUCAGCAGGGGGAUCCAUGGUGAUUGGCCCCUGGAAGUCGAGGGUCUGGUCUCCAUCACUGUCCCUGGGAGCCAGGGGGAGGAAAAGCUCCAGUUUAAGACAUUAGAUGGAGGUCCUGGCACCAAAGAGACAUUGCCUCACUCAGUUGGGGAGCAGGAGAAGCAAAGACUAAUCCCUGCUCUGAACCCCAUUCUAGCCUCUGUACCAACCGCAGUCCAGAUCCCUUUGCCCGGAGGUGGGGGGAGGCCAGAGGACAACCUACCUGCCAAACUGCGGCGAAUGAACGCUGAUCGCUGACUUUGAAAGUGGAUCAUUGAUUGUCAAAUGACCGUUAAACGCAGGGCACAAACAAGACAAAAAAUACUUUAAAUGAAGUUAGAUGGAAGAGAAAGAUUGAUGGGUAUUGUUGUUUUCAACUGGAAAAUAAACUACUGUGAUUUAAUUUUUGUUUUGUUGAAUACUUUACAAUGACUCUUGCUUUGUAUCAAGUUGUCCAUUACCAUACAAAAGAAGUACAACUACACUCACCUAAAGGAUUAUUAGGAACACCAUACUAAUACUGUGUUUGACCCCCUUUCGCCUU